GGCUGGGGGGGGGGCGCCAUGGCCGUGCUGGCGCGCGCGGCCCUGCUCGCGGCCGCGUGCCUCUGCGCCGCCUCGGGCCUCAGCCUGUGGUCCGACGACGGCGAGCACGGCGCCGAGGGCGCCGAGGUGGAGCUCAGAGUGGACGCGGCCAGCUGCGCGGCCCAGCUCGAGGCGGACAGCAGCUUCAUGGAGCACGUCGUCAAGGAGGUUGGGAUGGGGAACUACUCUGGCGAGGCCAGCGCCGCUUGGCACGCGUACCAGGACAAAUUGGCCCAUCAGUUGCUUAGCGAGCACCCAGAUGGCCAGCGCAAGAAGCCUUACAAGAUUCUCGUCGUCUCUGCGGUCCACGACACAGACUCGAUGGUCGAGAUCUUCGAGGUUAACAUGAACCGGCUGCUCGCCAACAAGCAGGGGGACAAGUUUGAGUUUGCCAUCUUCCACAUCGACAGCAAGGCCACGGAGUGGAAGAAACGCAAGUGGUACAGGAGAAGAAGGGGACCGGUGGUCAUGAAGAAGCACGGUGCGGGAUGCAAGCCCCAGUUUUGGGCGCAGAUCACCCCGAUGAUGGUGGCUACGGGCAAGUACGACUACGUCUGGCUGUUGGACGAGGACAUCCGCCUCGAUUUCCUGAACUGGGACUUCUACCGGACGGUGCUCUCCACGGUGGACCCGCUUGUCUCCCAGCCGGUGAUCGUCCCGAAGCAGCCGGGCAAGCGGUCCACCGGGGUCACGAAGCUGCAGAUGAAGGUGCCCGAGGGCAACAACUUCAUGAUCGCGUACGAGACCCAGCGCAGCGAGGUACAGGCACCCAUCAUCUCGAGCAAGAUCUGGGACGCGGUGCACGAGCGCAACAUUAGAGAACGACCGCCGGAACGACUGGUACAUCGACGACUUCUGGGACGUCAUCGCGUUCCUCGGCGAGGACCAGUGCCAGAAGACCGGGGUGCUUGCUGUGAACGGCGCCCCCGUGCGGCACAUGGAUUGCCACAACCUCUUCAAGGGCACCAAGUGCGUCGAGGCUUGCGGCGAGGACGACGCCAACUGCCGGGCGGUCAGCAGCACGGAGGAGUCGCUGGUGCGAGAGGCGCUGAAGGACGCGGGCUGCGACGUGCCCAGAGAUUGGGCAAGGAUCUGCGGCGACAAGGACAUCCACGCGUGCCACACGGCGCUCUGGGAGAGGAGCCGCAGGAAGACCUGGCUCGCCCCGCUGUAGGCGCGGGGCCAGGGCGGCAGCCUUCCCCGCUGCGGCGUGCCUCCUCCUCGCCCUCUCCUCUCUGCCGCUCCUCCGCCCGUGCUCUCGGCACCGCUCGGGCGUGUGCACUCUUCGCGGCGAGUUUGUCAAAGCUGCUCUUUCGGACCUCCUUUCCGAGUCUCUGGCCUCCCCCCGUGCCAGUUUGUCUCGCCCCCAAAUCGAUGUUUCACGGCCCCGGGGCCCGAAACGGGCCCCCAGAGGUCGACGUCGAGGGGAAGCUUCCCCCCUUAGGGUUAUGCCAAAUUCACCCUCCCGCUGUGGUUUGUUCGCGACUCGACGGGGUCCGGAUGUCCUCCUCCUUUUCUGGCCGCUGGCACUUGGCUGCCUGGCAGGCAUCGCCCGCCGGGCCGCUGGCCAGUCCAGCACCGCCCGCCAGCUCUAGCGCCGGCGCGCGUGCGGCUGGACGUGCACCUGCCGCGGACAAUACCAUCAGCGGCCGAUCAACGGCCCAAAAGAGUCAUUGCCGCCCUCGGGGGCGCCUGUUCCAGGCUGGCUGACGAGGUUGCGCCCCUGAUUGCGCCGGCACGCGUCUCUCACGUGGGGUCUCAUUUUCAAGCCGCCUUGGGACAGACGUCCCAGAUGGCGGAUCAGUUUGUCUCUCAUACCAUCAUCUUACAGGCGGCCCCCCUGAGAUUGCACGGGUCGCGGCCUCGCAAGCGCGCGCACGUUUCAAG